AUGUCUCCCAGCCUCGGCCGCGAGAGAGCCCGAUCACCUUUCCUGCCUCGCCACCCUUCAACUGCCCCGUCCGUGCCUUCGCAGGCCCUCAUCACAUCGCCGUCUCGCGAGAUUCCCAUCCACUCGCUCUCUUUUACGCAGCGCGAGAUCCCCGGCUUCUACGUUGUGAUCCCCGCAGGCGGUGCUGGUACCCGCCUCUGGCCUCUUUCCCGCGAGAACCACCCCAAAUUCCUCCUUGACGUCAACCUUUGCGGCAACAGUCUGCUACAGUCGACCUGGGAUCGACUUCUUCCCCUGGCUGGGCCUUCGCGGAUGACUGUUGUGGCGGGGCCUGCCCACUCGGAGGGCAUCCUCGGCCAGCUGCCCAACCUGGACUCUUCCAAUUUGUUCACUGAGCCUGGACCCAAAGAUUCCAUGGCUGCCAUCGGCCUGGCUGCGGCGAUUCUCCUUCGACGGGACCCAGAUGCAGUCAUUGGAUCCUUUGCGGCGGACCACAUGAUAUCUGGAGAGGAUGCCUUCCUCGCUGCCGUCACCGAGGCGGUGGAAGUGGCUCGGGAGGGCUACCUAGUUACUAUUGGCAUCGCACCCUCUCAUCCUGCUACUGGCUUCGGCUACAUCCGACUCGGUGAUCGGCUGGGCCUGAAGACGGCGCCGCAUGCGCGUCUGGUGAGCUCCUUCAAGGAGAAGCCUGAUGCGCACACUGCUGCCAAAUACCUGGCUACGGGGCAGUACCGAUGGAACGCCGGCAUGUUCGUCACCAAGGCCUCUUUGCUGAUGGAGUUGCUCAAGGAGCACUGCCCGGCUCUCUACGAUGGCUUGACGAACAUUUCUGAAGUGUGGGAUGAUGAAGCCGCGCGCAAGGUUGCGCUGGAAGAAGUGUGGCCUACGCUGGAGAAGAUUCCUAUUGACAACGCGGUUGCUGAGCCUGCGGCUGCUCAAGGAAAGGUGGCGGUGAUUCCGGCCACAUUCGGUUGGGAUGAUGUUGGUGACUUUUCGUCCUUGGCUGAGAUGCUUCCCGCCGAGUCCAACAAGCCUCGCGUUCUCGGUGACCAAAGACUGGUCGUCUCUGAGCAAACCGCUGGAGGAAUUGUGGUGCCCGUGUCUGGCCGCCUGAUUACGUGUCUUGGUGUCGACGACAUUGUCAUUGUCGAUGCCCCCGAUGCGCUCAUGGUGACCACGAGGGCCCGUUCGCAGGAGGUCAAGUCGCUGGUGAAGAAAUGCCGCGAGGCUGGAUGGAAGAAUUUGCUCUGA